AACUGCCUUCAUAUAUAUUUAUCGUUAAAAUGGUUAAUUGUUGGUGUUUUUUGGCAAUAGCUAUGGCUCAGAAACCGGUAAAUACGAGGCUCUGAGUACGAUAAUCUAGCACGGGUGAUCAAGACAGCACUCAGCACGCUCCUCGUCCUCUGCCUCAGCACCGUCCUCCUCGGCCUCAGCACCGAGUCAGCAUGAUCCCCGACGUGGACAUCUUCGUGGGGAACUACACGAUAAUAGACCAGGAGGUGUUUGAGCUCUGGGUGCAGGGAUACUCAGUGGUAGAGUGCGUGUCUGUUCUCCAGCAGCGAGGGGAGCUAGAGGUAUGGGGUGCGGCGCAGGACCUGUUAGCCUCAGACACUGGGGACCAUUACCGCACCUUUGGCAUGCUGGAGAAGUUACUGUUGACGCCUACCAAGCUGGCCGAGGAGUGGACCUUCCAGUUGGAGCCGGCUAUCCAGCGCUUGGUGAUUGAGAAGUAUUACGAGUUUGACGAUAUCGUAAUCCGCGAGAUCAUCGGCAAGAAGCUGUCGGGCCGCACCAGGAAGGACUUGGACGAUGUGGCGGAGAAGACGGGUGUGCUGCUGCGGUCGUGUCGGCGUCAGUUCGAUAAUGUUAAGCGGAUCUUCAAACUGGUGGACGAGAUGACGGGAUCGGUCGUGGCUAACAUACAGUCGGCCUUCCUGCUCCCCCUACCCCUGGCUAAAAAAUACGCGGCGAUCGUCUUCAUCAUAAACAACCGCUUCGAGACCAGCAAACGGAAGCUCAACUACCUCACCUUCGAAGACUUCUCGGUGUGCGCGUCGCUGAUGAUGUCGAGCUGGACCACUGCAAGCCCCCUCGCUCCCACUGCCGCCCCGGACAUGAGGGACGACACCGACUUCGACCGAGACUUCCUCAUCGAGCUCCGGGAUUUUAAGCUCCUCAUCGACCGGGAGAAGGAGCACAGGAACGUCACCCUAAGUCACCUACGAGGCAAGAUCCCUGACCGCAUGUGCUCCGAGGUCGAAAGCAACUUCAAAACAUACUCGCGAGGGAUCAUAAACAUCGGCUGCUCCCUCAACAACUCGCGUGACCUCCGGGACUUCUUCGUGGACGCGGUGGAGCGAGUCGUGGAGCCGUGUCGCCAGGCUCGGUGGAGGGCGCCGGAGCUGGAGAUCUUUCUGAAGGUGUAUGCUGAGGCUGGAUCCGCCCUCGACAUUAUGGCGAGAAAACACAGAGGAAAAAGUGACCACUCGCUCCGCCUGACGUGGGAGCGCUACAUGAACACGAUGCGGGUGUGUGUGUCGCAGCUGUACCACUCGUGACGCCACGCCCCGCCCCUACGCCUCACUCGCACCGCCACCGUGCAGGAGAAGGUGGUGCUGCCGGCGACGGACUGACACACGCUGAACGACGUGCCCAGAAGGUGCAGCCUCUUCGUAAGCAAGAAUAAGGGCUCGGCCGCAUCAGCUCACCGGCAGUUAAGCCUAGACUAACAUAAUGCAUCUGGCUGCUUGAGCGCCGACCGAGCUCACGCGUCUCGGCUCCAGCAAAGUCCGGGCUGCACCGACGGGUACCCUAGGCAACACAGUAAGUAGGUAGCCCCUGACGCCCUGUACCCCCUCGUCAGGACACCCCAUAGCCGAGUCGGUCACCACACAGUCAUUCACACCUUGGGGUCUUCGGUUCGUGUCCUGUGUUGGUCUCCGUGAGUCAGUGAUCGCAGGCAUGAGGCAAGGAACAAGACUUAAAGAAUUGCGUCAUUGUGAGAGAAUAAACUUUGUCUGCGCUACCCAGUAAAAUUUAAAUAGGUUAUGGAGAGAGAAAAUUAAAUAGUGGACUGUUUUUCGCGCCUGUGACUUUCCAGGUGACCGUAUUUGCAUUGUGUGUGAGGGAGGGCUGCGCAGGAAGGCUGUACAACACACUUAACUUAGUUCUGUCCACAGACUCACAUCACAGACAAACUUGUGUUCCUGGAAAACAUUGUAAUUUGUUAUGUUAAAAAUAUGUUUUGCAGGAACACUGUUUGUAUGGGACAUGAAAGGAAAGGGUUGUGUAUUA